AUGCAAUUUCAAGACCACUGCCAAGUAGAGACAAUUCCGUGUGAGUUGAGUUCUCGUACUUUUUUUAAUGUUGUCGCUUGCAACGGAAAACAUCCAAUCGCAAACUGGAACGCCGCAAAAGUUCAGCCAUCUUUCCACCAUUCCUUCUUCCCCAUCCUGAAAACAGCUGGGGUUCUCAGCCCUGUGUCACCGUCCCGAAGACUAAAAUGUCUUACCGACCCUGUCCGCUCACAAUGGAUCGCAAACCAAAUUGCGUUUUCAGAACCCGGUUUCUGCAUGUGGGGAAGACCUCCCGCUUCAACGCUUCAGCUGGCCACGCCACGGCUUCGUUGGUCUCAGAAUCAUACCUUCUUCCGUGCCUUUGCAGUUCAGCCUGGCGUUGAGACAGCCGAUGCGAGAGACAAAAUAGGUCUGUGA